AUAAAUCUCCCCCAUAGUGUAGCAAAAAUAACAAAGCAAAGAAUACAUUUCUUCCUGUGUUUGAGGUUGUAAAUGGCCUCCACACAAUAUUGUGCCACUAUGCCUGCACAUACCAUGAUCAGGAAACUUGCAUCCACUUGUUUUUUUCUUAUACACAGAGGGCUAUUUUCUUUUUACACUAUGGAGCACAUAUGUGAAGUAAGCAGUUGAGUCUCUGUAGCCUAUGUCCUGUAUAGAAUCCUGGUUUAAAACUGCUCAAGCCUUUUCUGUGAUCUGUUUUGGGUGAUGCCUGAAAAAACCCUUUGGACACGGCAUGUAGGGAUGGAAGCCUUGAACAGUGUAGGCAGCACAGGGAGCUGUGACAGCAUGGAAAGCAUUUCUUCUAACCAUUCUGCAUUUAGUGGAGAUGGAUAUGACCAUCUUUCAGCUGAAGAACGGGAAUGCUUAAUGUUUCUGGAAGAAACAAUCGACUCUCUGGACAAUGAAGACGAUAGUGGGGUAUCCAAUGAUGAACUGGAGGUGACUGAAAAAUCUAACAUCCAUUCGGCACCAGAGCCAACAAAAGCUGUAGCUUCAGAUGGUAAUGACAAAACAAAACCAAUACUUAAAACCUUUCCUAAAUUGGAGGAAUGGGCCUAUGUGGCCAGAAUUCCUCAGGGAUACCACAGUUUCCCAAGGAUAAUUCAAGCUUCGCGGGAGGAAAUCACAAAGCAUACAACUGAUGUUAAGCUCCCAGAUUCCACCUCUGACCAAAAGUCAUGGCAUGGGAAACCGAAGAGCCUGUCUUCAAUUAACAAACCACAAACAGGGGAACCUCGCAUAACUGACCUUCUGAUAAUACCACCUCCUGAACCAUUUAGAGAUCCUCAAGUUAUAGAUAAGAGACGUUCUGUUACUGAUCCCACAGAUGCACGUGAAGUAAGAUAUGACAGAGCACUAUUUAAACCAGCUACAAUUUCAGAAUAUAAAGAGACACAAUCUGUAGUAAGGCCAUUUAGUGCACCAGCCCCAUUACUGUUUCCAAGAGUAUCUUCCCCUAAGACUGACACUGGUUCACAAGAGACUGUUAGUCAGGCUGAAGAAAAAAUUUUGGAGGCAAAACAAGGACCACCAACUGCACCAAAGCCACGUACGCUGCCACCACACAUAGUUAUUAAGUCAAGCUCUGGAAUGGUUUCCAGUCUAGACCCACAAAAGAGACCAAGAACAUUUUCUGCACAUGAAAGGACCAUGGACAAAACUAGUGAACAUACAAUUCCAAAAGUUCCUCAUUCUAAGGAGCAAGAACGCGCUAGGCUUGAGGCACUACACAAACUAGGUUUGGAUGUUAAAUUAGGUUCACAAGAGAAUCUUUCAAUGAGGUCUUCAAAGACUGAUCUCUCUCUAACACAAGGUGUUGCUGACCAAGGCUACAAAGACAGAAAAAGUGAUGGUCAUCAAGAUAAAGUGGAUUCAGUGGGGGAGCUCCCUGCACCACCUUCAAUAAUUAUUCAUAAGACAGAGGAAGUAAGGAAGGAAACUUUUAGCAAGAACAGACUGAGCAUAAAAUCAAACUCUCUAGAAAAAGAUGAACCUGUGACUGUAACUGCUCCUCUUAGUCAGAAAUACCCUAAUAUUGUUGAAGUUCCUCCACAGCAUCAUAUUAAAAGUAGUAUUUUUGGAAAAAGACCCAGCAUAAAAGUUAAUACACAAGAAAAAGCAGAGGAUGUAGUAAUUCCAUCGUCCAAGCCCUUAAAUGAGGUUCACACUAUCACUGAUGGUUCGUCUAAGAAUAUUGAAGCAGACUCUACAAAACACACCUCACCAUCACAUUCUCGUCCUCAGACAAAAGAUACCAAAUCUGAUAAAUCUGGCAGUCCAGCUCGUGAAGUACAUACUGGAUCGGAAGUGGCCUUAAAAAGUCCAAAACAUGAUGUUGAUAGAAAACCUUCAGCUUUAAAAACAAACCCUGUUGAGAAAGGGAGAGUUCCAGAAAUUAAUCCUGUGUCACUAAAACCUACGAGUGAGAAGCCUCAGGAAAUACUGGGUUCCUCUGAAAAUAUUAGUCUGAUCAGUACCAGUCCUGGAAAAACCUUUAGUUUUCCACGCCCAAAAGAGGUUGUGGUCCCUCACCAUAGUCCAGAAGUAGUUAAAGUACAAGGGAAUGAUAAAGUCCUUGAUAAGAGCAACAGACACAGUACACAUUUUGAAGCUUCUAAUGAACCAUACCUGCGUUUCCCUCAAGGCUCUGUGCCUGGCCUCAGACAAAUCAACAUUAAGUCAAACACGUUGGAACGGUCCGGUGUAGGCCUUAGUGGAUCUAUGCCUAGCCUAGAAAAGGAGUCUCAAAAGUCAAGCAGCUCAUUUUUCAAGAAACCACUGUUUUCAGGAGGUUUUUUGCGGAACAGCAGGCCUAGGCCAGCAUCCCUUGGUACAGGAAAAGACUUUGCCAACCUGGAGCCAUCUACAUCAGAUGCAGAAACUACUGAGAAACGAUCUUUCUUUUCAAGACCAGCUCGCUCAUCUGCUCCUGUAACUAGUGUUAAGAUUACUCCUAAGGGAACUUCAGAGGAGCACCGGAAAGAAGCAUUGAAAAAACUUGGUAUACUAAAAGAAUAAACCAGUGACAAAAAUGUACAUUGUAUGAACUAAAUGCUAAUAUUCAUUUAUAGUGCACUCUUUAUAACAAUGUGAUCUUAUUUUAGUCAUGGGAUUUUUUGAAUUUGAGAACUCUUUAACAAUUUCUUCAUGUUCUGAGAGCAUUAUGUAGUAGUGACCGGCUUGGCAUACAUUUAAUAUACUGUAGCUGGUAAAUGCACGCUUGUUCAGCCUUCAAGGUUACUUGCACAAAUACACAUGCACACUUGCCUGAAUGUGUAUUGCCAAACCACAGCAUAAUCCUUAAAGGGGGCACCAUCACGUAGCUGACAGAUUAUCUUCAACAUAUGCAAGUUUAUUAGAACUCCUUGAUGGUAGAAUCAUUGCUUUCAAAAAUCAGCACUGUAAACCCUACGGCACAUUAUCGUGGACGUAACAUUGUAGAGCACUUAAUUUUGUACCUAGUCUUAUGUGCUAUAAUGUACUGUAAUAUUAUCCUUUUUUUCCCCCCCUCAUUCGUCAAUGCAUCAUUUUAUUUAAACUGUGGAUUGCUUGUUGGUAUUGGGGUAAUAUACAAUUCACUAACAUAAGAAUGUAAAUAUAAAUUGUUAAUCCUUUUAUGUUCUAUAGAGUUCUUUUGAACAUAUUGUAUGUUUUGUUUCAAGAUGUGGCUGGGGUUAAGCAUUUGUGUUAAUGUAUAAUUGUGAACUUUCUUCUGCCAAUUCACUUGGAACUGUGAAAGCCUUUUAACAUUUUUAGUUUGAAUGAAUAGACAGAUAUUGUCUAUAGCAUAAAAUCUUGGUUUAUGUAUGUUUUGUUUUAUUCCACCUGAACUUGUAC